GGGCCCGGGGCGGGGCCCGGCGGAAGGGGCGCGGCCGGGCGGGCGGAACGGGCCGGGGGAGCGGGCGCAGCCAUGUCCUUCUGCUCCUUCCUGGGGGGAGAGGUGUUCAAGGACCACUUCCAGCCGGGCAUCUACGUGUGUGCCAAGUGUGGCCAUGAGCUGUUCUCCAGCCGGGCCAAGUACGAGCACUCCUCGCCCUGGCCGGCCUUCACCGAGACCCUGCGCGGGGACAGCGUGGCCAAGCGGGAGGAGCGCCCGGGGGCUCUCAAGGUCACUUGUGGCAAGUGCGGCAACGGGCUGGGCCACGAAUUCCUCAAUGAUGGGCCCAAGCGGGGCCAGUCCCGCUUCUGAAUAUUCAGCAGCUCGCUGAAGUUCCUCCCAAAAGGUAAAGCUGACAACGACCUGAAGGAGAAGUAAGCGAGCUGCUCCCCCUGGCACUCUGUCCUGGGCUGAUCCUGCCUUCACACCAUCCCAGCAAGGGGCACUGUGGCAAGAGGAACCCUAAGGAAGCUCCUGGUUUCCCUGACUUAGUUCCCCGCUUGUUGUCACGGUUCACCCCUCAUUUCCCUGUCACUGUUCCCUCCUGGUUUCCCUGGUCUGGUUCCCUCCUGGUUUCCCUGUCACUGUUCCCUCCUGGUUUCCCUGUCACUGUUCCCUCCUGGCUUCCCUGCCUGGUUCCCUCCUGGUUUUCCUGGUCCAGUUCCCCCUCGGGGCUGUUCCGACUUGGGAUCCCAGGAGGCCCCUGGGGGAGGUGAGGGGAAAAUGGGGUUGCUGAAGCUCUGUGCUGCUGGGUAGAGGGUUGUAUGACCUGAGGGUGUUUCACAGGAAUUGGGAUGAUGCAAACCCCACAGUUCUUCAUUUUCCCCACCCUUCCCCCCUCCAGCCCUGUCUGUGCUCCCCAGCAUCCUCCCCUCUGCCAGGAGCAGAGUCCUUUGGGUUUUGCCCAUCCAAGGAGCGGCUGUGCCUGCACUCCUGCCUCUGCUGAGCUCUGGGGAGGGUUUGCUGCUGACUCCAGCCGAGCCAGGACACUCUGCAGAGCAGAGCCAGGCACUGAUGCAAUCCAGAGUCGCUGUGCUGGCCCUGCCAGGGAGUCACGCUGGAUUAGCCGGGGUCAGAGUCUGGGUUAAUCCCUGGUGCUAUUCUGGGCUGGGAUCAUGGUAUGAAUUGCCCUAUAUAAACCCUCCCAGGGUGCUGGGGCAGCGAUGUUUUGUGAUCCCACUGGGCAGCAUCCAGGUGUUUUCCCCCUCUGCCCACCUUACACACGGUAGAGACGGCUCUAGAUCCGUGUCCUCAGUUCUGCCUUGGCCUUACACCAGAUUUAUCACUGUGCAAUAAACUCCAGUGGCACUCAGGUUCCUCCUGGCUGUGCCCUGGUGGGAGGGAGGCCGGGGUUGGGCUCUCUUGGCACAGCUCAGGCUUCAGGAACCACGUCUGUGCUGCCUCAGUGCUCCCAAGGGCUGUCACACUGAGCUCUCCUUAACUCAGCACCUGAUUCGUGGCCUUCCCUCCCUGUCCCAGAAACCAAAUCCUCCUCUGGAAUCAAUGCACAAGGAUUUUUGAAGAUGGGAAAAGCUCUGCCCUGGGGGGUUUUGGGGCUGCGCUGCCGGCGCCGUUCUGGUGCAGCUGCACUCAGGGACACGCUGGGGGGGUUCCUCUCUGUGUGUUUUGCCUCAAUCCCACGGUUCUGAGGGCACCAGUAAAAGUUUGACACACCAGUUAAAUACCUGGAGCUCACUGCUGGUCUCGUACCUCCUUCCAUGCUGAAAAUAAAGCACUGAUUCACUGUG